UUGGCAGAUGAAGAAGAAGAGGAGGAGAAUGAGGACGGAGCAGAAGAAGAAGAAGAAGAAGAAGAAGAAGAAGAAGAAGAAGAGGGUGAAGAGGGUGAGAGAAGAGGUGAAAAUAUCAAAAAAAAUGAAGAAGACUUGAAGGAAGUAGAACACAUCGAGGAAAUAUGCCUGGUAGAUGAGAGAGAAAGUGGGGAAAAGAGGAGGAAAAGAGGUCGUGAUGGAGGUGUGCAAGAACAAAUCGACGAUAGCAAAGAGGGUGCAAUUGAAUUGGAAGCAAACGGACACUUGGAGAUUGGAUUUGGACGCCAGCUUCACGUGAAUAGCUUGAAGUUCCGCCAAGACGAGGAUAAGCUCGGACCGGAAAGGAUUAGAGCCCACGUAGGCUUGAUCCCAACGAUCAAGGAGGGUACAGCAGUUGGCAACAUCAAAUCGUGUCAACUGCGACCUUCGGAUCGAGUCUCGACUUCCCCGCCGGCCAGGAAUGUCGAGUCCGCCGUCUCUGUCCUCCUCAACAAGCCGCCCGUUCAGCCGAUCGCACAGACAGCGUCAAUGUCGCUGGUCUACGGAGUCUAUUCGUCGAGGUGCGGUGACGACGUCGUCAGAAGCAAUCGUGGCCCGACGAUUUCGCCCACCUUCACCGUCGGAUUGAACAAAGCCUCGGCCGACGGACCGGUACGACGGAACUCGGACUCGGUCAACUGUCCGACCAGCUCACGCCAGUCCGUAGCGGCCGGUGUCGGCUUCAACGAGACUCGCACCACCGACGAGCCUAACGCCGCCUCGGCCGGUGUCGUCAGGAGCAGUGCAACAGAUCUGCUGUAUGGUCAGUGUGAAGCGGCGAGGAUUCGACAAAUUGUGAGCACAAAAACGAUGAAUACAAAAAGACGUCGACAUGAUGCUGAAACGUCGGAGAACUGUCCAACACCUCAGCCCCAGUCCUCGGCUUCACCGCCGCGACCUCCUCCUCCUCCUCCAGAGUUGGCAUGGCAACUCGCCGUGGCCGCCGGAUUAGUUGCCUCCAGCCCCAACGUCAGUCUUGCCGCUCCCUUAGCCGGCCAGUCGACGUUUGGUCAUCUCUCCUCGGCCGAUCAUUUUCACUCUGCCCAUCUUCACCGGCCCAGAUUGCCGCCGCCCCAACAACCACCUAAAGCCUCGACUCCGGAGCCUCAGACAGGCCCGGCAACAAGACCGAGCCAUCUUAGCGCACCAGAAUACAUGGGGCCAAGCGAUGCUGGCUUGAGUGGUCGGUGCAUUAGCAAUUGCAAAAUGAUCGGAAACCAACUGGAGUCCGGCAGCGAAGGUCAAAAGCUGACCGACAGAAUGCAGUCACCGCCGACUAGCUCAACCGGCAGCCAGCUUUAUCCAAAGGGUCUUCCAUUCUCCCUGGGCUCCAUGGUGAAUUAG